AUGCUCAGCUCGGUGUGCGUGUCGUCGUUCCGAGGGCGAAAGGCGGGCAACCAGUCGUCCAACAAGGUAUGCGGGAGCGCCGACAUGCCGUGCCCGGCGGACAGCGAGCGCAUCGUGAUCAACUGCGGCGGCGUGCGCCACGAGACUUACCGCAGCACGCUGCGCACGCUGCCCGGCACGCGCCUCGCGUGGCUCACCGAGCCCGACGCGUCCAGCAACUUCGAUUACGAUGCAGUGGCCGACGAGUUCUUUUUCGACCGGCACCCAGCCGUGUUUGCCUUCGUGCUGAACUACUACCGAACCGGUAAGCUGCACUGCCCUGGCGACGUGUGCGGCCCGCUCUUCGAGGAGGAGCUCGCAUUCUGGGGCAUCGAUGAGACAGAUGUGGAGGCAUGUUGCUGGAUGAACUACCGGCAGCACCGCGAUGCUGAGGAAGCGCUCGACAGCUUCGAGACACCCGAACCGGACCCGCCUGACGAUGACGCCGCGCUCGCCGGAGGAGCAGACGGAGACCUGCGGCGUCUUUGCUUGCACGAGGACGGGCGCAAAGUGGGUUGGUGGCGCGUGUGGCAACCCAGAAUCUGGGCGCUUUUCGAAGACCCUUAUUCAUCCAAAUACGCACGGUAUGUGGCGUUCGGCUCGCUGCUCUUCAUCCUCAUCUCCAUCUCGACGUUCUGCAUGGAGACGCACGAGGCCUUCAACACCAUCUACAACCAUACGGAGAACGUGACGGUGGGCAACACGACGCACGAGGAGGUCUUCUUCGAGGUAGUGACGGACAGCUGGCUGACGUACGUAGAGGGCGUGUGCGUGAUAUGGUUUACCUUUGAAGUUUUUACGCGCGUUAUAUUCUGCCCGGACAAGGCCGAAUUCUUCAAGAGUGCGCUGAACAUCAUUGACUUUGUGGCCAUCCUGCCGUUCUACCUGGAGGUUGGUCUGAGCGGCCUCUCCGCCAAGGCGGCCAAAGACGUGCUGGGCUUCCUGCGUGUGGUCCGAUUUGUCCGUAUUCUGAGGAUCUUCAAGCUCACGCGCCAUUUUGUUGGGCUUCGUGUGCUGGGUCAUACGCUUCGCGCCAGCACCAAUGAGUUUCUCCUGCUUAUCAUCUUCCUCGCCCUUGGAGUGCUCAUCUUCGCCACUAUGAUCUACUAUGCCGAGCGCAUUGGCGCCAGCCCUGAUGACCCCACGGCCAGUAACCACACCAGUUUCAAGAACAUCCCUAUCGGUUUCUGGUGGGCCGUGGUCACAAUGACGACUCUGGGGUACGGUGACAUGUACCCUGAAACGUGGUCGGGCAUGUUGGUCGGUGCUCUGUGUGCCCUGGCUGGAGUGCUGACCAUCGCCAUGCCUGUGCCCGUGAUCGUCAACAACUUUGGCAUGUACUACUCACUGGCCAUGGCCAAGCAGAAGCUGCCCAAAAAGAAGAACAAACACAUCCCACGGGCCCCACAGCCCGGCUCGCCUAAUUACUGCAAGCCCGAUGCCCUGGCUAUGGCCACUGCUUCGCCUCAGAGGAUCCUGGGUAACGUUCUGGGCGGAGUCAUGGGCUCAAGCGGCCUCACUGGAGACUGUCCUCUUGCUCAGGAGGAGAUCAUAGAAAUAAACAGAGAUUCGAAACAGAACGGUGAUGCGGCGAGCGCGGCGCUGGCUAACGAGGACUGUCCUACUAUAGACCAGGUGCUGAGUCCAGACGAUCGCAGUCCGGUGGGGCGAACACGCGAGCGUUACCAACAGGACCGAGCCUGCUUCCUGCUCAACACGCGUGACUUCAGACCCUCAGAAUCCAACGUCCGGAAAGUGUUAAGUUUCUAGCAUUCGCCGAUUCUUUAAAGAAGACACAGUUAGGUGUUGUUUUCUGAGUUUACGGACGGAGGCGCAUCUCACCCAGAUGCAACACUUGAGGAAUGUUGGUGUGGCAGAGGAAUUGCCAGGAAAGACAUGGAAAAUGUAAGCGUCUGAGGCUGGAUCUUCACACAGUAACCAAAGCAACCUCUUGGAAUUCUGGACCCAUUCCUUGUUCUACUGAAAGACUUCUUAAUACAGCAAGACACAGGGCAUUUCAAUCUGAUUUGGAGAGAAAAGUGACCGAUGAGGGAGAAAAAAUUCAAACGGAAACAUUCCAUAAUGCUUUGUGUCUGCCGUACAAGAUCAAAACACCAGAAGCCCCAACUACCACGUUAAUCUGUGGCAUGGAGCUCUGAGUGUGCAUUAUUCUAAGUUUUUUGAGAAUGAUGGACCAAGCUAGAUUUAUCAUGUAGCAUCUCUGCUAACCCUUUGUAGCAUUUGUUGGUGGAAAUCCUCUCCAGCAAUUUUUAGAGACUUUGAUAUUCAUUAAUGGUUUGCACACACUGACUAACAAUGACUUAGUCAUGCACAAACCUUUAUCAUUUUAGCAUUCCGGAGGAAAGUGUCAUCUGCAUAUUGUCCUGUGUAGUCUUGGUUUUUUUAUGUUUGUUUGUUUGUUUGUUUGUCUUUUUUAUAGAAACCCCCGGUACCUUGUACAUGUACAUGUCCCUGUUUCAGUUUUAUGACUUAGACACCUUUUAUGAUAUGGGUUGCUAUUCUGACAUGAGUCUUCCAUUCUUUUCCAUCAGUUCAGAAAAGGCAACUUCUAAUCAUUUAGUCCGCCAAACCAAAGCCCUUCACCGAGACCAAAAAGUCCAAGAUUGGUUCCUUAUUUAAAGUCUGGAUCACUGAACCUACAAGAUUCUCCCUUUACAUGCACACAGGUUAUCAGGUGUAGCAGGACAAGAUAAUGCCCUUGUCUUUUUCUGAGAAAGACCUGUUCUUAAUUCCCUCCCUUGAAUGUCUUUGUUUGAAACUGAUAUUUGAUUUAUUUAUUUGCUUUUAAUUGAUUAAUUUUAAUAGUAGAGCUAAAGCUGCCAUAGUGAUUCCAUGUGCACAUUGUCAACACUUGACUGCCACACUGCCACAUCAUCGACGACUACUUGGACCAAUAACGUGUGCAUGUUAACCUUUUACCUUUUUAGAGAUGAUUUAGGCUUACUGAGGUCCUUAAAGAUGAUAUUCCUGAAGCUCCUGUUCUCCCUUUGACUCAGUCUUUAUGUCCUCCUCCAUCAAGGAAAUUUGUUUUCAAGGACGCUGGUACUUCAAAUAAAAAAAAAAAUACAAUAAGGGAGGACAAUUGUACAAAGUAGAACAAAUAUAUAUAUUUUGAUAAGUGGGAGGGAGAAAUAACAGAAGAGCAGUUCAAGAAUCACGCAAAGAAUCAACUAAACUGCACCUGGGAACUGAAAAAAAAAAACAAAGGAGGAAAAAACCUGCAACACUGCAAUUGCUUCCUGCUUCACUCAGUGGAAAGGAGGGAAUAAGGAGACCAACAAAAAUAAAUAAUUAAAAAAAUCAAAAGCUCCUAAAAUUGAGGAAGCAAGAAGAUUGAACUAUGAAAGAAUGGAGAUCAAAAAAGAGAAAAUGCAAGGACAAAUCUUAAAAAAAAAAAAAAAAAAAAAAGAUUUACAAAAAGAAAAGAAGAAAACUUUAAGAAAAUGUUUUUUUUUGUAAUUUUGUUUACCAGCAUGAGUUCU